UGUUACUUGUCUCCUUCAGCCGUAUAUUUCCACACUAAGCCACUUCACGUAUUAUUGUGUUUACACGUGUCAAUCACCCACUUCCUCCACCUUCGCUUACUUGGCACAUAAACAAUGACACGUCUCUACUCAAUGAGAACAUAAACAAGUAAGCGCAAACUUCACAUCACAAUCCCUUAGUUGCAGAGAUUAUCAAAACAACAAUGGAGCAAGAAGCGAAGGACACGAACCAAUCCAUGAGAAGAUCAAGAAAAGGGUGCAUGAAAGGCAAAGGAGGGCCAGAAAAUGCACUGUGCACUUACAGAGGAGUGAGACAAAGAACAUGGGGAAAAUGGGUAGCUGAAAUCAGAGAACCAAAUAGAGGAAACAGAAUCUGGUUAGGCACUUUCAACACUUCUCAUGAAGCUGCUAAGGCUUAUGAUCAAGCUGCUCUUAAGCUCUAUGGCUCUUCUGCUACACUUAACUUGCCGCAAUACUGCCACACAGCAGCUGCUGCUCCUGCCAACACAUUGUCCACAGAAUGUCAAGAACUUGGAAAUGGGAUUGAAACUGCUGCAAGUUUCUCAUCACAAGCAGUUCAAGAACUUGGCAAUGGUGCUGGGACCUGCUGCAGCAGUGGUGAAAUGGGAACUGCUGCAAGUUUCUCAUCACAACCAGAUUCAGGUUCAGUUGAAGGAGGGAAUAUUAUGCAUUGGCCUGAGUUUGGGAUUGAAACUGAGUUCUUGGGAAGCUGUGAUGUUGGAAUUGCUACAGUGGGUGGUGAGGGUCUGAAUUGGGAUGGGUAUCCUGAACAAUGGAGCAUUUAGAUUCACUUUGUUUUCUGGUUUUCAGUUUUUUCUUCUUAGAGAGAGAGAGAGAGAGAGAGAGAGGCUGUAAGAUUGUAAAGGUUUAGGCUCUGCAUGAAUUUACUGUUGCUGUUGUUGUGUGGACUUCUGAUGGAAAUUUACUUUAUUUUUCUUUUCUAAAAUAUUUCUCUUUUUUUUCAACCUUUUUGAG